UUGGUUUGGACAACUAGAAUUUUUAGGUUAUUAGGUUUUUAACCAUAAACAAUGGUUGUAUUUUUAAAAAUAAAAUUGCCUAUUUUAUUUUACAUGGUUAGAUAAUCGAUUUACUAAAAACAUAGAAUGUACUAAUUUAACUUUGGUAAUUUUGAUAAAACAUUUUUAUUAUAUUUUAUGUGAACCCAAAUUGUAUUAUUUACCCAGAGGAGUUGAAAAUGCAGGAGUUAUAAAUAAUUAGAAAUAAGAAAGCAACAGUUAUAAAAAUGUGCUUGUUUAUCAUCUAUAAAAAUAAUAAGAAAGACCUUGUUAUUUUUAUAUUAUUAUUAAUCAGUUUGAUACUAGCGGCUUGAUCCCCGUAACUAGCUACUAGAUAAUCCCAAUUCGAAAAUCCAUGAUCAAUGAUUUGACUUCACUAUAUGUUGUUUCUUUGAAGCCGACUUAAAGAACUAUCUGAAGCUAUAGGGGCAUCAGAUUUCUCAUCGUAAAAGUGAACAUUGUGAGCUACUUAAAAGGGUACCAGAGAAACAGUAAAUAUCUAUUGCAAUAUGACAAACAUAAUUUUUUUUAUAAUCUAACAGCAACUAAAUACAGUUUGGUUAGAAUCAGGUUAAUCAUAGGGUGUUUAAUUAAUACUUAACUUUCUUUUUAUACAUUUUAUGUGUUAUAUAUACAAAUAGACUUUGAUCAAAGAAAAAAUAGACAAAUCGACUUUCAUUAUAACUGGAAAGUAAUCUUUUAAUUUGAAAUGUAACCUUUUUAUUUUACAAGUAUUAAAAUUGCAAUGGAUUAAAAUAAGUAUGUUCAUCGAAAGGCAAAAAAAAAUCAAAAAUUUUUCUGUCAAACUAAUAAAUAUUCUCAAACAAUUAACAAAAACUUAGUCAAACCUGCAAAGAGUCACUAAUUAGUAGUUUUAUGAUGUAUGGGAAAAAACAAAAACAAACUAACAAACGUUUAGUCAAGAUUUCUAUAGAAUUUAUUAUUUUGAUUUAUGGUAGAAGGUUGAAUAACCAUAUUGCAUUACUAUGGUAAUAAAAUUAAACAAAAGAUAAUAAUUAUGGUAGAGAAUUCAAAACAGAUAUACUAUAUAUAUCUGAGUAACUGAGUCAAGAUUUCAUAUGUAUCUUUUCAAUUAACUAUAUAUAAUUGGGACUCAAGUGUGAGUUCAAUAAAGCAUUUUAUAUAAGCUUUUAAGGUACACAUGCCAAUUUUAUAAUAAUCCUAAUCUCUAAUUAUAUUAAUACAUACUCAGAUUUUUAUACUGUAUCACCAUCAUAAAAUAUAUCUAUCUUUGUCAUAAUAUGCUUUAUUUUCAAAUUAUAUCGAUCAACUUACGUUAAAUAAUACAUAUUCUCAUUUUCUUAUUUUCUAAGUUCUUCAAAUAGUAAAAAUUGUAAUCAUAAAAAGCCAGUAAUUAUAUGUUUUUAGAAGAGUGAUUUUCCAUUUCCAUCGUGUUAAAAAAUUUCAGAUUACAUUUAUUGUUUUGUUUGCUUAUACUGGCUCUCGCUAUUGUUUAAAGUAAUGAUAUAAUUUUUUUACUCUCUUGAAGUAUCAAUUUCUGAAUAUAUCAGAAGUUUACAUAAGCAUUAACUAAUUAUUUUUUUAAAGAAGAUUGAGUUCAAUUUAGUUAAUGAAAUUUUGAGUCUCUUUGAUUUUCCAGUUUACAUAAAAAAAACUAUUCUGGAAUUCAGAUUCUUGCAACUGAGUGAUGUUACUCUAUGUAUUAUUUUGGAAUUUACAGGAAAUGAUGUCAAAAGAGAUGGUUAAAAUAAAUCCAGAUAUGCUAAUGCUAAGUGAUGAUCAGACUCCUAAGAUUGGAGCUAGCUUGAGCCAAUCUAAACGAAGGAAGAUUUCAAUUGUUGGCAUUAAACCCAACAUACCUGACCUGAAUGUGAAACCUUGUUAUGAUUCUGAUGAGGAAGAAAAAGGAGAAAUUACAAAAACAUUUCAGAAUCUUGCAGGUUUAAAAUCUCAUGAUGAAUGUUAUGUUCAUCAUAAGCUUUUGUACGAGCUUGAGGUCGAGAUCUUUGCUCGUCUUCCAUGCUUUGAAUACUGGAAACUGCAGUUUCUUAACAAGAAAUUUUUGCAGUUGUUAAAAAGUGGUGAAAUUUUCAGGGUGAGACAAGAAAAAGGCCUUGUGAAACCCUACGUGAUUUUGCAUUCAGGGGCUGAUUCAAAUUGGGAAAUGUUUGAUAAGGAUUUUAAAACCUUUCAGAAACUUCCUAAAGUUCCUUCUUCUGACUAUUGCUUUUUCCACAGCGAUAAGGAAACAAUUAGUGUGGGUACUCAGUUAAUUGUCAUUGGAAGAGAAAUAGAGGGAAUUGUGGUGUUUCGCUACGAGCUAGAGAAUCAUAAGUGGUUCAAAGGUCCUUCAAUGAUCACACCGAGGGUCAUGUACGGUUCUGCUAGCCAUGGAAAAACCGCAUUUUUUGCAGGAGGCAUUCAAAAGGAUGACAAUGAGAACCCUAUAGUUGUUCGAACCGUAGAAAAGUAUAAUGCUGAUACAAAAAGUUGGACUAUGAUUAAUGGAAUGCAUAAAGCAAGGAAGUUCAGCUCAGGAUGUUUCUUGCGUGGAAAGUUUUAUGUCCUCGGUGGCCGAGAUGAGAAUGAUAAACACCUCACUUGUGGAGAAAGUUAUGAUGAGACCACAAAUUCUUGGGAGUUGAUACCUGACAUGUUAAAGGACAUGACAUUCAUUAUUCCUUCCCAAUCUCCGCCUCUUAUAGCUGUGGUUGAUGACAAUCUAUACAUGUUGGAGACAUCUUUGAACGAGCUUCGCGUAUAUGAUAUAAACACAAAUAUUUGGAAGAAACUUGGUGUUGUCCCUGUGAGCGCAAACACUACCUUUGGUUGGGGGACUGCGUUUAAAUCUAUGGGAGAUAGACUUCUGGUUGUUGGAACUUCUCACUCUUGGCAUAGGAAAGCAAUAGUCUACUCAUGCCGUCCUUCUCCAGACGUGGAAGAGCAGCACUGGGAAGAAUUAAAAUAUUGGUGCACUGGUGCUGAGCUCCCACCGUUUAUUCAUAACUGUUGUGUUAUGUUUGCUUAAAGUUGUUUCCGAGGCAAACUUGUUUUGUAUUUGUGCUUACAAUAAUUGGGUGGCCAUUUGGAACCCCGAAACAAUUAAAAUUGUGGUUUUCUGUUGUUUUUGUUUUCUGAGUUUUUGUUUUUGCAUUUGGGAUUAAAAUGUUGUUGUUUUCGUUUAUAAGUGCUUAUGUUUGUGCAAAAAAAAAAAGAUUAAUGAUGUUUAUGUAAUGCUUAUUGAAUUUUAUAGUUUUGUUUCCCCCUCCCCUCUUUAGCCAUUAAUGUUACGUAAUCAUGUUCAGCUAAAAAUUUUAUCAUGUUUCAGUUUGUUUUUCCAAAAAAAUUAGGUUUACAGAAGUUAUAUACCACAUUAAAAUCAUAUAUAAUUUUUACUUGCUUGGUUUGGACAACUAGAAUUUUCAGGUUAUUAGGUUUUUAACCAUAAACAAUGGUUGUAUUUUUUUAAAUAAAAUUGCCUAUUUUAUUUUACAUGGUUAGAUAAUCGAUUUACUAAAAACAUAGAAUGUACUAAUUUAACUUUGGUAAUUUUGAUAAAACAUUUUUAUUAUAUUUUAUGUGAACCCAAAUUGUAUUAUUUACCCUGAGGAGUUGAAAAUGCAGGAGUUAUAAAUAAUUAGAAAUAAGAAAGCAACAGUUAUAAAAAUGUGCUUGUUUAUCAUCUAUAAAUAAUAAUAAGAAAGACCUUGUUAUUUUUAUAUUAUUAUUAAUCAGUUUGAUACUAGCG